ACCUUAAAUUCUGCCGCCAUAUUGUGGUGUUUUGUUUAUUCCUUCCCCGCGUCUUUCAUAUCGCGUGGUGCAGCGUUGCGGGAUUGUUUACUUAAGCGCCUUAACCCGCGAUAUAAGCACUCGAACGAUUCCUGUUUCUUUAGCACGGUUGUAUCCAGUCUAUUUUUAAAAUAAUGUCCCGGAGGCGGCAUAGCGACGAUAACGACGGAGGUCAAUCUCAUAAAAGAAGGAGGACAUCUGAGCCCAUUGAAAUAGAAGAUCGCCUCGAAUCAUUAAUAUGUAGAGUGGGAGAAAAGAGUACAUCCUCCCUUGAGAGCAAUUUGGAAGGCCUUGCAGGUGUGCUGGAGGCUGACCUCCCAAAUUACAAAAACAAAAUACUGCGCAUCUUAUGUUCUGUGGCAAGGCAGCUCCCUGAGAAACUAACAAUUUACACCACACUGGUGGGCCUGCUGAAUGCGAGGAACUACAACUUCGGCGGCGAGUUCGUAGAGGCCAUGAUACGGCAGCUGAAGGAGACCCUGAAGUCGAACAUGUUCAGUGAGGCCGUUUAUCUGGUCCGUUUUCUGGGUGACUUGGUGAACUGUCAUGUGAUCGCCGCCCCCUCGAUGGUGGCCAUGUUCGAGAACUUUGUGUGCGUAAUACAAGAGGAUGAUAUUCCACAGGUACGCUCGGACUGGUAUGUGUACGCCGUCCUCUCCUCCUUGCCCUGGGUGGGCAAGGAGCUCUACGAGAAAAAGGACGUGGAGAUGGAUCGCCUGCUCAGCCAGAUCGAUGGCUACCUGAAGAGACGACAGAAGACCCAUGUUCCCAUGCUGCAGGUGUGGACAGCAGAGAAGCCUCACCCACAAGAGGAGUACCUGGACUGCCUAUGGGCUCAGAUCCAGAAACUGAAGAAGGACCGCUGGCAGGAACGCCACAUCCUGCGGCCGUACAUCGCUUUCGACAGCGUCCUGUGUGAGGCGCUGCAGCACAACCUGCCCCCCUUUACCCCCCCGCCACAUUCGGAGAGCGCCGUCUACCCCAUGCCUCGUGUCAUCUUUCGUAUGUUCGACUAUACCGAUGCCCCUGAGGGCCCUGUGAUGCCUGGUAGCCACUCUGUAGAGAGGUUUGUGAUUGAGGAGAACCUCCACUGCAUCAUGAAGUCCCACUGGAAGGAGAGGAAGACGUGUGCUGCCCAGCUUCUCAGCUAUCCAGGAAAGAGCAAGAUUCCCCUCAACUAUCACAUCGUAGAGGUGAUCUUCGGCGAGCUCUUCCAGCUGCCGUUGCCGCCCCACAUCGACGUCAUGUACACCGCUCUGCUCAUCGAGCUGUGCAAGCUGCAGCCGGGCUCUCUGCCCCAAGUCCUGGCGCAAGCCACAGAGAUGAUGUAUAUGCGACUGGACACCAUGAACACUACCUGCAUAGACCGAUUUGUGACCUGGUUUUCACACCACUUGAGCAACUUUCAGUUCAGAUGGAGCUGGGAUGACUGGGUUGAUUGUUUGGCAGUGGACCAUGACAAACCAAAGCCGAAAUUUGUUAAGGAAGUUCUGGAAAAAUGCAUGCGGCUCUCCUAUCACCAACGCAUAGUGGACAUUGUCCCGGCCAAUUUUUCUCCAUUAAUCCCAGCCGAUCCUAUUUUCACUUUUAAAUAUGGUGAAGAAAAUGCACAACUGCCUGGCUACCCUAUGUCCAUCACUGUCUCCAACGCCAUCAAGAAUCGGGCCUCCAACGAGGAGAUUCUGGCAGUUCUGAAGGACGUGCCCAACCCUAACCAGGAAGACGAUGAUGACGAGGGCGAUGGCUUCAACCCCCUGAAGAUAGAAGUGUUCCUGCAGACCUUACUCAACCUGGCUGCAAAGUCGUUCAGCCACUCCUUCAGCGCCCUGGCUAAGUUUCACGAAGUGCUUAAGUCCCUGUCAGACAGCGACGAGGGGAAGCUGCACGUUCUUCGCGUGGUGUAUGAAGUGUGGAGGAACCACCCCCAGAUGAUUUCCGUGCUUGUGGACAAGAUGAUCCGGACCCAGAUCGUGGACUGUGCAGCUGUUGCCAACUGGAUCUUCUCUCAAGACAUGACCCAUGACUUCACCAGGUUUUAUGUGUGGGAGAUUCUUCAUUCCACCAUCCGUAAGAUGAACAAGCAUGUUCAGAAGAUCCAGAGGGAGCUGGAAGAAGCCAAGGAGAAGCUGGAGAAGCAGCAGCACAGGAAGAAGGACAGCGGGGAUGAGGAGGACAUGGAGAAGAACAGCGACGAGGAGGACGGACAGCUGGAGGAGCAGAUAGACCGGCUGCAGGAGAAGGUGGAGUCGGCCCAGAGCGAGCAGAAGAACCUCUUCCUUGUAGUUUUCCAGCGAUUCAUCAUGAUGCUGACCGAGCACCUGGCUCACUGCGAGACCGCCGGCACCGACUUCAACACGGCCUGGUACAAGAACUGCAUUGAGAGGCUUCAGCAGAUCUUCCUCAUGCAUCAUGGGACUAUCCAGCAGUACAUGGGCACCCUGGAGGACCUGCUCUUCACGGCUGAGCUGGACCACCACAUCUUGGCUGUGUACCGUCAGUUUUGCGGCUUGCAGGCGUGACGGACCGUCGGUGAGCAGGGCAGCCUGGCCUACUCUCCGCCGGGUGGGAGACCAGUGAAAUCGAGGCCCAGACCACAACAAAAAUGGAGCUUCUUGCAUCAAGAUGGCUGCUCUGGACAUUUAUGAUUAGUUUUAAUUUUUAUGUGCCAUGCAUCUUAAUUAGAAGUGGUUAAAUUGGCAUAUUUUGAUGCAGAAUCUUUGCCAGUAACUGUAUUCCAUGUCUUCUGUCUCUUUCCCCACCCCCUCCCCAAUUUAAACCAGAUUCAAGCAUCUCCAUCAUUUUAUAAAACAUUGAACUUUUCUAUGUGGGGUGUGUUUAAUUUAAAAAAAAAAAAAAGAGAGAGAGAGAGAACUGUGUGUAGGGAUGCAGACGAUGUUGAUUUUUCUCGAAUUCCAGGUUCUCGUUUUUUUUUUUUUUUUAUUUCGAUCUAAAGCAUUUCUGCCUGCGUUGGUUAGUUUGUCUGUGGCGGAGCACGUUGUCUUGCAAAGCCCUUAAAACGUGGAUCCCGUUUAUGACUCUGGGGAAAUAACACUGGAAGCUCUUUUUGUUAUUUUUAAUAAUGCUUCUGCCUCUCGUCCUUUUUUUGGAGCCCGACCUGAAGCUGACGCCGUCGCACAGUUCCGCUGUCAUGUAGAACCGGGUGUCUUUUAACUGCAUAAGCACAUUUGUUUUAUCACCUAAGUAGCAGAAGUGUCCGAGCACCAGGAUUGGCUGAAUAAAAUCCCAGGUACUGAUAUGGUGAAUGUGCUGGCCUCGUGCAGUUGUCUUUCGUGUCCAGUUGAUCCUGCAUCUGUUGUGUGGUCAUGCAGUCGCCCCGCCUUUCUCCACUUUUCUCUUGCAGUGCUUGUGAACUGGGAACCUAAAUUGUACUUGUUUUUGUAUGCUAGAAUGCCCCUGACUGUCACAGUGUGACAUCCUGAACACAGCUCCUAUUUCUUUCUGGACUUUUUGCGCCCCUGGGUAACUAAAUUGAAUAAGUGGUUUAUGAAUUAGCCUUAAAAUCGCCCAUUUUUGUUGCUAUGAAUACUUUUUUUUUGAGCCAGGGGUGGAUUUCUCACGGUUAGAAUGCUUUCUGUUGGGUUUGAUUUUUUUUAUAGCCUGGCGAUAGCUUGACACAUUGUCUGUCAAUCUAGGCCAAGGCAUUGAGUAUUCGUACAUUUUCAUUGCCAUACCAUAUUCCCAUGUUAAGACAUUGCAUAGUGAAAUUUUAAGCUUAAACACUUUCUUGGGUGUUUCUCUUGUAUUUUAAUAAAUCACAGCUAUUUUAAAAAUAAAA